CCGAAGCCGGAGUCGCCGCAGCCGCCGGAGCCGGAGCCGCAGCCGCAGCCAACAUGGCGGACCUGGAGGCCGUGCUGGCCGACGUGAGCUACCUGAUGGCCAUGGAGAAGAGCAAGGGCACGCCGGCGGCGCGCGCCAGCAAGAAGAUCGUGCUGCCCGAGCCCAGUAUCCGGAAUUUAAUGCAGAAGUAUCUUAAUGAGAGAGGUGAAUUAACAUUUGACAAGAUUUUCAAUCAGAAAAUUGGUUUUUUGCUUUUUAAAGAUUUUUGUUUAAAUGAAAUUGAUGAAGCUGUCCCUCAGGUGAAGUUUUAUGAAGAGAUCAAAGAAUAUGAAAAGCUUGAUUCUGAAGAAGCGCGUCUCCGGAGGAGUCGGCAAAUUUAUGACACAUUCAUAAUGAAGGAGCUUCUGUCUUCUUCGCAUGUAUUCUCAAAGCAAGCUGUAGACCAUGUACAAACUCAUCUAGCCAAGAAAAAAGUGCCCUCAAAUCUUUUUCAGCCAUACAUAGAAGAAAUUUGCGAUAGUCUUCGGGGCAACAUAUUUCAAAAAUAUAUUGAAAGUGACAAGUUCACUAGAUAUUGUCAGUGGAAAAAUGUAGAGCUAAAUAUCCAUUUGACCAUGAAUGAUUUCAGUGUACACAGGAUUAUCGGCCGAGGAGGAUUUGGUGAAGUAUAUGGUUGCAGAAAAGCUGACACUGGAAAAAUGUACGCAAUGAAAUGCUUAGAUAAAAAGAGGAUCAAGAUGAAACAAGGAGAAACCUUGGCCUUAAACGAGAGGAUCAUGUUGUCUCUCGUCAGUACGGGGGAUUGCCCUUUCAUUGUGUGUAUGACCUAUGCCUUCCAUACCCCUGACAAGCUGUGCUUCAUCCUGGACCUGAUGAAUGGGGGAGAUUUGCACUAUCACCUCUCUCAGCACGGGGUGUUUUCUGAAAAGGAAAUGAAGUUCUAUGCUGCCGAAAUCAUCCUGGGCUUAGAGCACAUGCACAACCGCUUUGUGGUUUACAGAGAUUUGAAGCCUGCAAAUAUCCUUUUGGAUGAAUAUGGACACGUGAGGAUAUCAGAUCUUGGCCUUGCCUGCGAUUUUUCCAAAAAGAAACCGCACGCUAGUGUUGGAACCCACGGCUACAUGGCUCCCGAGGUGCUUCAGAAGGGGACGGCGUAUGAUAGUAGUGCGGACUGGUUCUCUCUGGGCUGCAUGCUCUUCAAGCUUCUCCGGGGUCACAGCCCCUUCAGACAACACAAAACCAAAGACAAGCACGAGAUUGACCGCAUGACGCUCACAGUGAAUGUGGAACUUCCAGAUGCGUUUUCCCCUGAAUUAAAAUCCCUUUUGGAAGGAUUGCUACAAAGAGACGUGAGCCAGCGGCUCGGCUGCCUGGGAAAUGGUGCAGAGGAAGUAAAAAGCCACAUCUUUUUCAAGGGAGUUGACUGGCAGCACGUCUAUUUGCAGAAGUAUCCUCCGCCUCUGAUCCCUCCCCGGGGUGAAGUAAACGCUGCAGAUGCUUUUGAUAUUGGCUCAUUUGAUGAAGAAGACACCAAAGGCAUUAAGCUGCUGGAUUGUGAUCAAGAGCUUUAUAAGAACUUCCCUCUGGUAAUCUCGGAACGCUGGCAGCAGGAGGUGGCCGAGACAGUCUAUGAGGCUGUGAAUGCCGACACUGAUAAGAUAGAGGCCAGGAAACGGGCCAAAAAUAAGCAACUUGGCCAUGAAGAAGAUUAUGCUUUAGGGAAAGACUGUACUUUACACGGAUACAUGCUGAAGCUGGGAAAUCCAUUCUUGACGCAGUGGCAACGUCGUUAUUUUUACCUCUUUCCAAACAGACUUGAGUGGAGGGGGGAGGGAGAAUCACGGGAUUCCUGGAGUAUUUGUUCAAAAAAACAAAAGAUGCAAAACCUAGUGACAAUGGAUCAGAUUGUGUCAGUGGAAGAAACUCAAAUUAAAGACAAAAAAUGCAUUUUGCUGAGGAUAAAAGGAGGAAAACAAUUGGUCCUACAGUGUGAGAGUGACCCUGAGUAUGUGCAAUGGAAAAAAGAACUGAUAGAAACCUUUACAGAGGCGCAGAGGUUAUUACGGCGAGCUCCCAAGUUCCUCAACAAACCUCGACCAGCCGUUGUCGAGCUUUCAAAGCCUCCGCUCAGCCACCGAAACAGCAACGGCCUUUAAUGUCAGCGGAUGCUUAUGAGAGACUGUCACUCCCUCCCCUGGAAGAGCGCCACAAAGGACUGUGUCCCCACUCCCCACGCAGGGCGUCGUGUGGAAGACGAGGACGCAGACUGGGGAGUCUGGGCACAGGCUCGUUGGCUGGCCUGGAUGGUGGCCGCGAGGACCUGACGAGGAAGCAGAGGUGUUCUCGCUCAUGGGAUCAGUGUUCACAGUGGCUGCUUCUCGCUCUCAUGUCAGUACACCCUGGCGGUGUUGGGAAUCGCCCAGCCUUUUAAACUACUGAAGAAAGGAAGAUUUUGUUUUCUUGGCUACACACUUUAUUUUGGUCUAUACUGAACCUAGAACUCAAAGUGGUUACUACUCAGCCCUUAAAUUCUGACGUCCAAUAUCCAGCCUGUCUCCAGGUCUUCUCAGAAGGACCUUGGGACCUACGGUGUGGAAUGGUAGAUUACCUUUAAUGUUGCCAUAGUGAGCCCGUCACUGCUGGUAGGCUCCAUUUUUGCUCCAUACGCCUGGUGGCCAACGAUGCCCCCACGUACUGACUUCUUUUUGUCCUGGGCUUAUGAGUUGUAGAUUCUUUAUGAAAAGCUCGGACUUUGACCUGUUGCCCAUUUGUUGUGCUCACACAUAAUCUCUGCCACUGUUGUCCUUGUGACUUGGGGAUUGUGCUGUAACCACUGAGGGAAGGGGGAGGAGCAGAGGAGCAGAAUCUAGAAUUCUGUUGUAUCACUUAGCGGUUUAGGCAGUUUUAGAAUGGAUUUUGGAACGGCUGAUAAGGAACUUGUAGGCAUUUCUUUUCAAAUUCAGGGCAAAUUGCACUUUUAAAAAAUCUUUGAACCCAUUACGCUGUAGUCGACAUGUCGAGAGCCGCCCAGGGCUUUGGUACGCAUUCUUCUGAGUAGUUCCUCACCUGUCCCUUUGACAGUUGGAUUUUUCUGCGUGUAAAAAAUGAGUGACCUUCCAACACAGUGAUUUCAAUUCUUCAUUCUAACUGGUCCCUCCAGAUGUGGGCACACGAAUGAUGACUUCAUGUGAGGAAGAAAUCACGUUUCUCCGUUUGCAUUUUUUGGUAGAAUUAGACACACGGGUCUUAAAAUUAUGAAAAGUGAGUGUCCUAAGCAGGCUUUAAAAAUACAGACACACAUACAUGCAUAUGUCCACUUUCUUUGCAGAAUGCCAUUCACAUGCCCCAAGCAAAUUAAUUCUGUAUAGCAGGCUGUCUGUUAGUAACGUCAUAGCUCUGAGGGCUGGGCCAAGUUAGGAAUCUUCCCCCUGGCUACCUAGGGCUUAUUUCCUCUGUUCUGAGAAGGUCCUUCGGUGCCCCUCUGUGCAACACAGCAAGCUCUCCCUUCCCAGACCUGUUCGUCUUCAUAGCCAAGUGCCAAGUGCCAACAGACUCAAGAAAUGGUUUAGCAAGUUACUUGUCUUUUGUGUGUGCAAUCAUAGUGUGCCUGUGGAAAAUAAUAACCUUCCCUACCCUGCCGUCUGUCCUCUAGGUCUGCAGAGGUGCCAUGCAUGUAUGUUUCUAUCUGAGCACUGCUCAAGCUGCGGAAUGCAGGGCUGGUGCAGAGGCUCAGGGAUGGCUUGCUUUAAGAGCCACCAAUGCAUUAUUUCAGUAAAUCUGCUGUAAAGAAGUGGCCCUCCUCCCCCUCCUCCUCCUCCCCUCUUCCUGUUGCUGCUGCUGCCACCACCACGGGUGCUGGUGGCAGGGUCUGAAUUGGCUUGGGAAGCCCGUGUUCUCAGUCCUAGGGAUUCCAGUGUUUGCUGAAAACAUCCAAGAACCAUGUUUACAUCCGAUGAGAGAACCCUAAACAAUAUGCUUAACUGUUUAAAAGCAGGCAUAUUCCCAAACACUUGGACAGAGACUCCAGUUAACUGUAGAUGUAACUCCCCUCCUUAUAAUUGGGUCCCCAAAUAAUUUUGUGCAAUACAGACUCUUGAGGGAGGCAGGAUAGGGGCCAGCCUUGUACUUAGAGACUCCCAUGGUCCAGUGUUCAGUGGUACCCGGGAGCCUACAGAACAGAAGCCCUUCCCCACCCUGGCAAGGGUGGGGAAUCAUGCCCUACCCUCAAAAGGUUUAACAGAAUGCCCAAGGAUACCUUCAUGUUUCAAAUUCUGAACUAAAAAGCGGUCUGCAGAGGCCUUUGGCUUUGAUGGGGUGAGUCUUCUUUCAAACACCUGUCGGAGACUUCCAGAAUUCACCCGUGGGUUCCAAAACCUGACGGAGAGGAAUGAGAAGUGAAUGGGGAUGAGUAGGAGCAAGGAAUGGGUAACACUGAAGUCUCAGCUGGCUGCUCUUGCUCUAGUCGAUGUCACAAUGGGAUGCAUUUGUUUGUAGAAUGAUAAACCUGUUGGGAUGGUGGUGAGCAACCCUCUCAUUUGACACACAAGGAAAAUGAGGCCUGCGGGAAUGAAAGGAAGUGAGCCAGUAGCCCAGCUUUUUAACCCAAAUCUCCUCUCCUGUUAUCCCACUGCCUGGUGUGGAACAAGAAGAAUUGUCUUUUUUGCGUUCCUUGCUGCCCAGGGUGCUAAACAGGGUGUUUGUUUUCCUUUGUCACAUUACCUUUCUCCCAUAAACGAGAUUGUUGUGAUCAAGCUAUCAAAUGCCUACCCCUCACAUGUUUAGGGUUAAUUUUUAAAAAUUUUGUCUUAUGGUAGAGUACAUUCCUAAAUUAUAUUUAAUUUCAUGAGCUUGUGCUUUAUUUUUAAGGUUCACAUGGUUUUUAAACAUAGUUGUCUGUAAAAAUAACCUAAAAAUGCAAGGAACAUAUUUGCAGCAUUGAAAAAUAUUUGACCAAGUAAUUCUUUAUUCGAGGGAGUAUUUAAAUAUGUCUUUAAAAAUCUACAUUUUUUUGAUAGAGGAUAAUUUAUGGACUUUCUUUUUAUCACUGCAUUAUCAUGAAUGUAAAUGUUACUGAUCUUUUUUGAGAUUUUAAACAUUUAUUAGUUCAUUUCAUUUUGUUAGAUUUGGGGACACAUUUUAUAGUCAGUGCUUCAGAAUAAGGUUGACUCAGGAAUCAGAAGCCUUGGCUUCUGCUCGGCUGUGUGGACCUCAGUUUCCUCACCUGUGAUCUGAGGGGGUUGUGCUAGGUGGCCUUCGAGGACCUCCCGAGUUCUGGAUCUGUGUCCGAGAAUAUGUCUGGUGUGGUCAGCUGAGCUUGCAAAAAUGGGUCCAUUGCCAUGAGAUUACAAAGAGCUUCUGUGAGAUGGCUGUAAUCUCCAUUGUGGUGACAAAGUGUGUGCAGGUAUUGAGGUCUCAGUGAUUGAGAUAUAUUGUGUUUUGGGGGGAAAUCAAAGUUUUAUCCCUGUUCAGGCCAGACUGGCAGCCUUCAGCUUCAGCUUGAGAUGUGCUGACUGUACUUGGAGAGAGCCCACCCAGGCCUCUGGCAGAUGUGCCUUAGACAACGUUUGGAAACUGCCCCCACGGGUGUGACUAUCCGCCAGAGGCUUUGAGCCUUCAUCAUAACUAAUGGAACAUUCCACUGAAGAGCAGAUACUGACCUGUCCUGGAAAGGGGGAUUUCCUCUGAUUGCCAAGUAAGCCCAUUUCCUUAUCAAAGUGUGGUCCAGGCUGCUGCUCUGGCCUCCUUGUGGCUGCCAUGUCAUCGAGUUCCAUGCUGGUGAUUGUUAAUGGGAUUGGACUAGCCUAGAACACUCAAGGGGGGUGUGUGUGUGUGUAUGCAUUUCCGCACUAACUCCCCUCCUCUCUGAAGGGCUGACUCUGCCAGACGGGCCUAUUUCUUAGCCCGGUUGUUCCUAACGUAUGUCAACAUUUUUAUGUGCCAGGUAGAAAGAAAACAAAAGUCUCUAAGUUCAGCUUUUUUCAUGAAAACACUGGGUAAAUCUGUAUAGAAAUUUAUUAUGUGCAAGGUGUAAGGCAAGACGUGUCUACAUUGGUGAUGAGCUGUGUAGAGUCACGGUUAUGUUCAGGGAACUGUGUUACAUAUAUGACUUGCUGCUCUCAGUAACAAAGCCACAGCCUUUCUUCUGGGCCCCAGGACUGCGUGGAGGACCCAACUGGUUGUUCCCAGGGAGGCUUUGCCACUAUUUUAUAAUAGUUUAGGGGUGGGGUGGGGGUCAGGAGAGGAAUCAUGAUUUACAGAAAUGGAAGCAGGGAAGGGAUUUUAUUUCUAAGGAAAAGAACCCCCUGUAAGCAUCAAAGCACAAAAAGAAAUAUAUGAAAAUAAUAGCGUUUUCUCUCCCUUUGGCUUUUUGUAAAGUAUAAGUGAAUGAUAAUGUUUGUGUUGUAAUGUUCUUCUACACUGUGAGCUUGUGAAUUCAGUGGGAGUCUGUGUGUGUGGGCGCGUGCGUGUGCAUGUGAGUGAGAGAGAGAGAGAGAGAGAGAGAGAGAGAGAGAGAGAGAGAGAGAGAGAGAGAGAGAGAGAGAAACUCUAGCCUGUACUACUUAAAACUGCCGGAUGCCUCAGAAUAAGUCAUGUCCAGGAGCAUAUCAUCAGAGUACCCAUACACAAGAAAAACAAGCUAUAGGAAUUCUGUGAAACCAACUUUCUUUUUCUUGAAUAAGAUACAGUAUUUCAGUGAAUCUCCUAAUAAUAGAAGGAAAAUUUCUAUAGUUGUUAGUGUGUGUUUAGAGCAUGUCAGUGCUGACAUUACUGUCUCUCUUAAACUAAUUUGGAAAUCACACCUGGAGAACAGCACCACCUAUUAUUUAUUGCCUAGUUUUUAAAAAUGCUUCUUUUUAGAUCUGUGUCCAAUUACCUAAAGAUAGCUAUGUAAAGGAGAAACUUGAAUUCAUAAGCAUUUGAGUGUUGGCUUUAAAUAGACCUAGUUCAGCCAUUAAGAGGAUUCAUUGAAUGACAGAUUUCCACUGUGUUGGCAUAAAUACAACUGACAACAUUUUUUAGGGCAAAGAACAUAGUGGAUGUGCUCGCUCCAUUAUGUUUGAGUAGUCUUCAUGUACUAGCAUGAAUUCCUUCCUAUAACGUCCCCAGUACAAGAGCUUUCAAUCUUUUUUUCAUAGAAGUUAUUGGCAAGAUAAUCAAGGGAAAUUUCCCAGUGAUUAUGAUCUAGUACCUUCUAAAGCACACACACACACACACACACACACACACACACACACACACAAUAAUUUUUACCUGUACUUAAAUAAAGUAUUCAUAUUUGCUCUAGCAACCUCAACAUUUUUAAAGUUCAAUUUUUUAAAAAUAAUUUUUUAUGUUAAUGGAAUAUCCCCAUUUCUGCUUUUGUUCUAAAUUGUAAUCCUGGCUCUGCUACUAAUUACUACCUGUGUGACCUUGGAAAACUCAUUGCACCUUCAGAGGCCUUAGUUUUAUCAUCUGUAAAUUGGUUGGGUUGGUUGAAAUGAUCUAUGGUCCCUUCUGGGCCUUGAUCCUGCCACCUAUCACCUCCAAGAGCUGGCGUUUUUAUCGCACAUUUUACAUCCAUUGUCUCAUUUGACAGGGACUUUUCCUGAGCUCUCACAGCUGGGGAGGCAGCUGUUGAGAGAGGCUCUUCUUUUGGGUGGGAGGAUUCCACUUUCCCGACCUGGGCUCUUUCCACUGUACCCUCCUGCAGGGAGAAUGCCUUUGCAAAGGUGCAUUCAAAGCAGAAAGGACUUGAAGUUUUGUUUCUAGUUCCCCAGUUGAGUAUAUCCCCUUCUGUACAUCAAGGACAAAAAUAAUGCUAAAUUGAAUUCUUCCCCUCCCUCCCCACCUUUAAACUAAUCACCAACUCAGCUUUAUUUUGGUAAUGUAAAGAUUGCUAAGCUAUGUAGGUAUAAGAUAAGAUUUCUAUUUUAACCAAAAAGAGGCAUUUUAUAUUAUUUAUUAAAUCCAUGCAUUUCUUUAAUUUCUAAAACAUUCCAUAUCAUUCUUGCUGCUUUUUUAUCUGUAUAGUUUGGUAUUUAAAGAGAUAGCAGUUCUGUUCACAUAGGAAAAAUGUCUUUUUAAAAAUGGAGUUCAGUGAAUUUCUUUAAACUAUGUCCAGCUUACCCAGUCAUAGAAAUUCAGAAGAUUCCUUUUUUUUUUUUUUAGAUUCUUUGUUUUUUUUUUUAACUAAAAAAUGAGCUCGUAUUAAAGAGAAUAUGGUUUUGUGCAGCAGCAUAAAACAUCCAGCCACCAAGGAACAGCUGCCACAGCCUAAUCCUUUUCACCUGUAAAACAUACAUGCCUUUCGGUGUCUCCCUUAAGGGUUUGCCAUGAAAUACUGCUUUGAUCUACCUCUUCCAAAAGCUUCAUACCUGUUGACAAGUCCCAAUUUGGCUAGGAUGAAAUGUAGCACAUUUUCAGUUAAUAUCCUACUCUUGGUUCUUCCCCACGUUACCUGGAUUUCUUAAGUCUGUUGAAUUUUUAUGGAAUCCUAUGACCUGUGGAGACUCCAAACCUUCUUCUAUAUAUGAGAUCUUUCAAGAUCUGUGUUACUGCUGCUGCUGCUGAACAUUCUAUUUCUUAGGCCAGGAUGUCCACCCAUGAUUAGAACUGGCCUGGUCUCAAUGAAAAAUAGUGAUAAAAUAUGAGACCAGACCAUAUCUGUAAUGGGACAGCAUUUCUGUAGGAGAGUUAAGUAUUCAACAGCAGGUUGUAGGGGUGGCAUGUGCCUUGAAUUCAAAUGGGAUUAUUUUCCCAGGCCCUUUCAAAUUAAUUUGGAACAUUAAGUUAGAGAGAUAUGCUUUGGAUGCACAGUGGGGUAUCACUGAAAUGCACAAUCUUUCUAGUGUCUUGUAGAUAUUUUGGAGUAGUGUGCUAAAAGGAAUAAAAACCAGAAUCCUUGUGGGGAAAAAAUGAAAAAAAAAAUCCCAUAAGGAAGUUGUUCAUUUCGAGAACACUCUCUUUUUCACAGCCUAACGUUGCGUAGUUCCAUCUUCUCCUCUGCAGAUUUUAGAAGUACAGGAGCAUAUUCACAUUCAUAGCAGAAUCAUCGAUGGGAUCUUUUUUGUUUUCUGUGUGUGAGAGUUAACAUCAAAAGACCAGUACUCCUGUAAAUAACCUGAGCUAUCACAUGUAGGAAAUGCCCUGGUCCGUUCUCUCCUGUCCUUUGGGUCUUUUCCUAUUUAUUGUGCAAAUGAAGUUUGUUUUUUAAUUUCUCGUAACCAGUGCACGUUUAAGCAGUUUCUUCCUUGGAAACCAUUCCCCCCUUAUGGUAACUGUCAGCACUGUUCAGGAUGUGCCACAUUCGGUCAAUACUGUUGUCUUUGAGGGCUAUUUUGGAGCAAGCUACGUUGGUUCUUCUUUUCUGUGUUGGCCAAUUGCUUAUAUAAAAAGAAUCCCAAUAAAAGAACCUGUCGGUAUACA